GUCAUUUUUGUGGAAAAAUUAAGACCUUAUCGAAGUUGUGCCACCGUUUCAGGGGUAUUUUUGUUUCAAAAAGUCCUGUGAUAAGUAUUUUCGCUGUAACUCGUCUGGAAGAGGCAGGAGGUGCGCGUGUUAUUAAUAUCCCACUGAAGAAAAUACGCCGCCAUGUUGAAUUUCUACAGUGAAAAUGAUAAAGUGUAGUGUCAUCAUUUAGGGUACGAAAACAAAUUAAUUUACGUUAACAAAUUUGCAGUGACCCCGUAAAUAGUUUGUAAAAUUUUCGAGAUUUUAUUGUGCGGAGAGACGGAGUGGUUUUUUUUUAAACGGAGACAUAUAGUUGUGUGGUUGUCAAAAAUAGACGGCUGUUUAAGUGGAAUCUAACAACGAACCAACUAACAAAUAAAAAUGAGACGAGGUUCCCACGAUAUGCAAGUGAAUGUGGCUGGGAUUCGACGCAAUCUGAAAAACUUUGCUCACAACUAUUCCGAUGCCCAGAAGAAGGUCCGCGAGGCGACCUCGAACGACCCAUGGGGUCCGAGCAGCACGAUUAUGGCCGAAAUCGCCGAUCUGACGUACAACGUGGUGGCCUUUAGCGAAAUCAUGCAGAUGGUGUGGAAGAGGCUGAACGACCACGGGAGGAAUUGGCGGCACGUCUACAAAGCUUUGGUGCUUCUGGAGUAUUUAAUCAAAACUGGGUCGGAGAAGGUGGGGCAGCAGUGCAAGGAGAACAUUUUCGCGAUACAGACGCUGAAGGACUUUCAGUAUUUGGAAGAGGGCAAAGAUCAAGGACAGAACGUUCGAGAGAAAGCCAAACAGCUGGUGAACCUCCUGAAGGACGACGAAAGACUGAAAAACGAAAGAGCGAGGGCCCUCAAGGCGAAAGAGCGCUUCGCCCAGAGUGCCAGCGGCUUCGGAAGCGAUGGCGGUCUGGACACCCCAUGCAGUCCGAAGUACCCGGCCUUCAGGGGCGACUGGAACACCAGCCGCGACAUGGACUUGCCACGCGAAAUCGAAAACGCGCGACCACAAACCGCCGGAGAGGAAGAACUCCAGCUACAAUUGGCCUUAGCGAUGUCGAGGGAGGAAGCCGAGCAGGAGGAACAAAAGAGGAAGUCCGACGACGUGAGAUUGCAGCUGGCGCUGAGCCAGAGCCAGCAGGACUUCAAACUGAAUGAGGAAAGGAGCAAGCAAGAACAUCACAGCCACAUGGUGGACCUUUUGGAUGUGAAUUUAGGGGAGGCGACGGCGCCUGCUGUGGACCCGUGGGGGAUGCCGCAACCACCUCGACCUCAGCAAUCGUCCCCGUGGCAACCCAACCCCAUCUCCUCCCCACCCAGCAAUACGCCAGCCUCCGGGGACCCCUGGCAGCCGGUGGUCCCGCCCAUGCCCAAGCCGGACCCGUGGGGCGGGGUGCUGACCAGCACGACGCCGCCACCGCCACCUCAGACCACGAGUACCCAACAGAAACACGACCCAUGGUCGCCCACUAGUCAGGGUUCUUCCACGGAUUUGGACGAGUUCGAUGUGAUAACUAACAGGAAUCGUUCCUCACCCAAAACGACGACAACGAACGGCACACACAACAGUUCCAAUGAUCCGUUCGAGUUGAACUUGUUAGGGGAUGCCUUACCGACGUCGACCUUGAGUCCAUCGACUGGUGCUACGAAAAAGACCCCGCAGAGUUUUCUCGGAGAGAACUCCGCUCUUGUCAAUUUGGAUAAUUUAGUCACGACGAGCAAGCCGUUGAAUUCGUCGAUGGCCGCAAAUCCCUUCUCCGAGAGCCAAGCCCAGCCGCCGCGGCCGGUGUUCAACCCGCCGCCGCCCAAGCCCUCGAUAAACGAGAUAAAACAGGCGUCGUUCGCGCAGUUCGCGGCGCCGGCGAGCUCGGCCUACUCCGGCUUCGGCGCGCCGCAGUACCCCCCCAGCAGCCAGGCGUUCGGGGGCAGCGCGCCGCCGCCGCCCACGCAGGACCCGUGGACGCCGGUGCCCAACAACGCCCAACUCGGCGCGCCCUGGAUGAAGAGCGGCGAGCAGGCGAACCCGUUCUUGUCUUAACAUAGCCACCCACCUCGGUAAGGUCAGCUCUUACGGUUUCACCCGGUUAAUGACGGAAAUUCAAGGUUUGCGCAACUGUACACGAAAUCCUUUCUCGUACACCAAUUGUUUUUAGGAUAAUUUGGAACAGAGUAAACGCUGCGGCGACACGUCACGUGUGGCUUUUAAUGUUUGGUCGUUUAUGUUUUAUGGUUUUUGCGAAAUGUGAUGGAAUUAUUGCUCAUUUAGUUUGGAGAUAUACAAACCGAUUUUAUUGUUAUACAAAGUACAUAUCUAUAUUUUGAUUAAAUAAAUUUAAGGAGUUUUAUAACUUGCUUGCUUGAAGCUUUACUUCAAAAGAAAUCCGUCACUCGAUAGACUGAUAAAUGUACAGUUUUUGUAUGUUGAUGUUUUAUGCUGGUUGGUUUGGUAACUGCCUCAGUUUGUUUUACCACGCGUUUAUUUAUUCAAUGCCUAAAACAGUAAUUUUUAUUUUAGUUGUGUAUAUUUUUUUAUAGUGUAACCAGUAUUUUCUUCAUUUUACAAAACAUGUUAUUUAUGUAUAAAAGGUUAAUUUUACGUAAUAUAUUUCUAUAUAUUUGUUUAUUGUAUUUAACUUGCUAUAUUUGUAUAUAUUUACAGUUAUUUACCGUUCAUGUUGAGUUACGCAAUAAUGUUUUAAACUACUUCAAAACAUGUAAAUAUUAACUAAUUUUUUAGAAUAGGUUUUGUAAUAUAAGAAGGAGAUAGGCGCGUUUAUGAAGGGUUUAAUGGAAGUUUUAUGUAUCGUGAUAGCUAUUUUCACUUACAUUCAUAAAAGAAAUAAAAUUUUAAAAUAUA